CUGGAGCGGACGCUUGACCCGGAAGUGCUCUCGGGUAGGCGGGACCAACUCCGCGCUGAAGGAUACUUCCGGGGCAGCAGGAGCAGCUUUUCGUCAGCGGUGGCGCCGGCAAUGAUCUAAUCAUGUCAGAUAAAGAUGAUAUUGAGACUCCAGUGAUAACUGAAGCAAGCUCCAUCCUUGAAGAUGGGAACUGUGAGCUGGCCCCGAAUCCUGAGUCUGCUGAGCAAAGUGCCAAGCCAGAGGUUAAUUCGGAACCUGUAGUUUUCACUCGGAAAAGACCGGAGUCCAGACCUUCCAUUGACCUUGAGACUUCAGAAGUUCUCCCUGUUGAGGCCUCACAGGCUGCAGGCAAAGAGACUGUUUCCAAAGAUGUACCUCAGACGGGAUGGGGAUAUUGGGGCAGCUGGGGCAAGUCCUUACUCUCUUCAGCCUCAGCUACAGUAGCUACAGUAGGCCAAGGUAUUUCAAAUGUCAUUGAGAAGGCAGAGACUUCUCUUGGAAUUCCUAGUCCCAGUGAAAUUUCAACAGAAGUCAAGCAUGCAACAGGAGAGACAAAUGCCAAAGAUAAUGCAAACUCUUCCCCAAUGACUGGGCCAUUUGGUGUAUUCUCAACCAUCUCUACUGCUGUUCAGACCACAGGAAGGAGCGUAAUCAGUGGGGGUUUGGAUGCCUUAGAAUUCAUUGGGAAAAAGACAAUGGAUGUAAUAGCAGAAGGGGAUCCUGGAUUUAAAAGAACGAAGGGUCUGAUGAACCGGAAUUCUACAUUGUCCCAGGUGUUACGAGAGGCAAAGGAGAAAGAAGAGCUGUGGACCUCCAAUGAGGUUACCGUGGAAACAGACAAGAAAACUCAUUAUGGGCUACUCUUUGAUGAAUUUCAAGGCCUCUCGCAUCUAGAAGCUCUGGAGAUGCUUUCCCGAGAAAGUGAGAUGAAGGUGAAAUCUAUUCUUAAUUCUUUAAGUGGAGAAGAAUUAGAGACUCUGAAACAUGAAUUGGAGCAACUCAAGGAAGCAUUUUCCCUAGCAGAGUUCUGUGAGGAAGAGGAAGAAGAGAAAGAAGGGGAUGAAGACUUUACCAAAGAGGUAACAGAGCUAUUUUCCCAGCUUCAUGUCUCCUCCAAACCUGAGAAGCUUGCCAGAGCAAGAAAUAAUGCCUAUGAAUGGAUGAGUACAUCUCUGGGCAAGCCAUUAGAAGAGAAAGAAGAAGGAGAAAAACAGUUGGAAACAGAAAAAACUGAGCAAAUCAGUAAAAAUUCAAUAGAGGAUAUCCAUGCAUUUGCAAUCCGGAGCCUAGCAGAACUGACUGCCUGCUCAAUUGAACUGUUUCACAAAACAGCGGCUCUGGUUCUGCAUGGCCAGAAGCAGGAAGUGACAGCCUUAGAAAGGAGCAGAGCCCUUUCCCAGAUGACCAUUGUGCUGUGUAAAGAGUUGUCUUCUCUGUCUAAAGAGUUCACCACCUGCCUAACAACUGCCGGGGUCAACGAAAAAGCAGAUAUCCUUAAUCCCCUAAUCACUGCUGUAUUUCUAGAGGCAUCAAACAGUGCUUCCUAUAUUCAGGAUGCCUUUCAGCUGCUCUUACCUGUGCUGGAGAUCUCUCUCAUUGAGAACAAGACUGAGUUACCAGAGGCAUGAGCUGCAGGCCCAAGACCUUUGUCAGAACAUUGGAGAACAGAGGAGAUUCAACCCAUAACUUGUGAUGGCCAAGAAUGCCACUCUCUUUUGGGUACCCCUGACAACGUGAAAGAGAAAGGAUUAUUUUUAGUGCAUAGAGUUUAGGCAGGAGAGCAGGUGUUUAAAGGAGGUUUGUUGCCUUCCCUGCUUGGCUGAAGUAUUCAGGUCUUCACACUGCUCUUCCAAGUUGUUAUAAUUAUUAAAUUAUUUGAAGAGAAAUUUUUAUAGAAAGUUCAAGAAUGAUAGCUCUAGAUAAAGGUUAAUGGAAUAUUCAGGCAAAAAUAUUGGUUUUUCUUGGACAUGAUGCAAAACACUAAUAAUUUUGUCAUGGUUACAUAUAAUUUUGCAGCCAGUGGAUAUAAUUGGUUGUGAAGCAAGAGAAAAAAAUAUAUAGUAUCCUAGAAUUCAUGUGCUUGAUCUAUUAAUGCCAUGUCCUUUCUCCUUUCUAUAAUAAAAUCUGUGGCUUUGAGGAAACAGUAUGUAGAAACUGUAAUGAUCACCUUUUAUUGCCUAAAUUGUUGGAAUUGGUUAGAAAGUUUCAUGUGCUCUUUAAUUCUCAGCAGGUAUUUGGUACUGAGGAGGAACUUAGGAAAUGUACUUGAAGCCACAUGAAUUAACUACAGCAAGGUGCCCUUUGAUUUCAAAUUGUUCUCCUACCCUGAGGUGACAGGCUUCACUUUUAGUUGAGCCCCACUCGCCUGGGUUCCAGACCAGUAAGCGCAGCUCAGAGAGACUGUUCCAUGUUUGCAGGAAUUCUGAGUCUCUCCAGGGUGGUCCUCACGUGUGCCUUACAUGCAGGAGAAGCUCUGCACAGCCAGCUCCAAGGGAGUAUGGAAGCCCUUUUAGUAAUGGGGUUUGCGGUAUUUGAACAUUGUUGAAGGGGACUGUGGAGUCCCACAGAAAUGAUGUUCAUUUAUAACAGGAUUUAACCUGUAAGACACAAUAUGUUUUUCUUACUCUUUUUUGUUUGAUUUUAAUGUAUUCCUUAGCAUGUUUAUAAAUACAACUUUUAUCCUUCACAUCUUAAGCCUUCUUUUGCUCUCUUCAACAAUGUGAGAGGCUAAUAAGGUGUUACCUUCCUAAAAAUUAUGUGGUGUCCACUCUUUUUUUAAGAAAAAUUCUCCAGCUUUGUGGUUGGAGGUAACUUUUGUGAGCACUACUGCUCAUCUUCUAAAACCUUUAAAUAAAGUAAUUGUAUUGGUCAAUCAUUUCACUUUUCCAUACAUAAGCCCUAGUAUCUUUUUCAAACCAAAGGAAUAGCAAAGCAAAGCUUUAGUAUUGAUUGAUCUCAACACCGUUUCUAUAUAAUCGUCUUAUUUGGGGGUAUGAGGUAGGUUGUAAGUGAGGAGGAAACAGAUUUGAGCUAGAAAGGUACACCAACAGCACUAUAAUUUUACUCUGCUUAUAUUCAGUGCUAAUAUGGUCAGAAAAGUUUUUGAACAUUGCUUUUUUUUAGAUAAAUUUCACCCUUCCCAAUGUAAUUCUGAAAUUUCAGAAAAAACAAACAGUUGCCCAUGGCUAAGAAAGCUGGUGUUCCCAGGCCUGGGUCCUCAAGCCCAGUUGCUGUGCCCGAACCCAGAUGCUCUGAGUAGGGUAUUCCGUGAGCAAGGUCUAGGAAACGGCCACAUGCCGACCACCGGUUCAUACUCUUGUACAUGGCAGUUUGCGGUGUUUACUUUUCAGUCUAGAAACCUAGCUAAGGAUUUUCUUUCAAGAAGAGGGAUAUAGAUAUGGGGGACAGAACAGUGACUCUCUUUAUGUGCCUAUCCUGAUUUUGACCAGUUAUAGAUUAGACAUUACAGAAGGCAGAUGUGACUCACUGCCUCUUUUUUCUCACUUAUCCCUCUCAUCAGUGUCCCCCACCCCCCCAAGUGUUUUUUUUAAUGGAUUUAUGGGUCCAUCAGUGAAACAAUGAUGAAAGGACCAAUUAAUUCUGCAUAACAAUUGCCUUUCACCUAAAAUAUAAUGAGAAAGAAUGAAAGUUCCUUGACUAAGUGAGUAGAGACAGAAACAUAGCAUAAAAAUUCAUUGGCAGUGAAAAAGUAAUUCAGGGGAUACUUGGGAACCUACUAGAUUAUGGUGAUGAUUAUUGUGUGUUCUUCAUUCUGUUUGGGGUGGGUAUGGGAUGUAGUUUCUUGAUGAUACCUUGUCUCUUGGUGCUAUUUAAAAAAAUUUUUUUGUGUGUCUAAAGUUUACUACUAAUGUCUGAAUAUGUGCUGUGCUUCCCACUUUCCAAUUCACUAAACACCGUACUGGUAAAAUGUAUAGUUA